AUGGACGCCUCCUACCGCCGCUCAGGUGCGGGCGGCGGCGGCGGCUCAGCCCCCCGCACCGUCGAGGACAUCUUCAAGGACUACCGCGCCCGCCGCAACGCCAUCCACCGCGCCCUCACCCACGACGUCGAGGAGUUCUACGCGCAGUGCGAUCCAGAGAAGGAGAACCUGUGCCUGUACGGGUACGCCAACGAGGCGUGGGAGGUGGCGCUGCCCGCGGAGGAGGUGCCCACCGAGCUGCCGGAGCCGGCGCUCGGGAUCAACUUUGCGCGCGACGGGAUGAAGCGCAGCGACUGGCUCGCGCUCGUCGCCGUCCACUCCGAUUCGUGGCUUGUCUCCGUAGCUUUCUACUAUGCCGCGCGGCUCACCCGCAACGACCGGUAUGAUGUCCCCCUCUGUUCCUUUGGGUUUGAUGAGUGA